GGUAGCGUUAUUAAGAGCAGCUCGUCGAACUUGCAGGUGAAAAAUUCUGUUUCCGGAGUAGAGCUGCAAAAUUAUCCUGUCCCGUACUCCCGGUAUCCUUAGCGCUCGUACCUAAUAGCCAUCAAGGGCUCGGAGGCUGGACGACCCCAGAUCGCAAACGGUUACCCACCCGGACUGGUAGGGGCGCGACACUGCCCGGUAGUAUGUUUCCCUUCGUCCUCGGGAAAGAGAAUCUCGAAGCUUCGGGAAGGACGGAACGGUUGAUGUCGAACCGGGUCGAUAACCCCGGAUACCUACAGCUUACCUACAACGCCAGCGAACCUAUGGAUGUAGAUCCCGAACCCCAUUUCUGUACUCGCCACCACAACCAUCCAUCGUGCCGCUCCAAAAACAGAUGUGGAUCGGGAUCGCUCGGCAUUGUUGUCGCCGUUAGUCGCAGACGCCGGUCCUUUGCUCUACACAUUGAUCGGACGACUUCCUUGCUCCUCUCUAGGGGAUCCGAGGAACGGCAACCCUCGCUUCUCUCAAAGCCGACGAUGCCGGAUGACCGGCUAUCCCGUGUCGGCCGCCGCGGGACGACCCAAUUCCAAAUCACCACCCCGAGACGCAGCAUAUGUAGUAGUCAUAGUCAUCGGCAAUACUAUGGCCGAUGUUCUCGUGGUCAUCCGUUGUUCAUAUAUUUGAGAAACUACAGCUUCUCGAACCUUCGGUAUAGACCACAGAGGGAUGGCGGUGGUGGGAGUGAUAUCCUCCUUAUACGACGUCGAUUUUACACCCUAGGUUUUCACCAGCAUUGCGAAGCUUUGGGCGUUGGGUAUUGGGUGGAAGCAACUAGCCCCUGCCCCGGAGGACCCCGGGUAGACAUCACAGAGGCUCCGUCGCUAAGGCAUGCUUCGAGUAUGAAUGCGUGAGUCAUCAGAGAGGGUGAUGUGGAGAUCUUCUCGCCUUGAUGUCGGGGAAC